GCGGUGCGCAUGCGUGUUGCCUAUCGGGAAAAAGAUGUUAGUGACAGUGACAAAGGCCAUAACAGUAUGUUGCAUGAAAGCAUAGGGAGUAAAAAAGGCUAAUAUUUCAAAGUCGCCGCCUGUUAAAUUAACUUCUUAUUUCCCAUAUUUUUGAAACACCUUUAUGGUUCUUCUUAUACUUCCGGAACAGUAUAAUACGCGUGCUUUUUAAACUGCAUCUUCUGAGUGUGUGCUAGCUAAGGUAGCUUCUAUUCCUUAACCCUGAGCGUCCAACGAAAACUGGUGGGGUCUUAAGUUAUAAGUUAACCAAUUGCGGUGCGCACUAUCUGACCAGACGAAGUCUAGCACCCGGACCCGGGACCCGCAUCAAUGCCCCGCAUCGAAAACGACGUCAAGCUGGACUUUAAGGACGUACUGCUGCGUCCCAAGCGAAGCACGCUGAAGUCCCGCAAUGAGGUUGACCUGAUGCGCAGCUUCUCCUUCAGGAAUUCCAAGCUCAGCUACAGGGGCAUCCCCAUCAUCGCGGCCAACAUGGACACAGUGGGCACCUUUGAAAUGGCUCAGACCCUGCACAAGUUCUGUCUCUUUACGGCCAUCCAGAAACACUACUCAGUGGAAGACUGGAAAGAGUUUGCGGGCAAGCACCCAGAAUGCCUCAAGAGUGUGGCGGUGAGCACAGGUACAGGUGACGGGGACUUCGAGAAGCUGAGCCAGGUUCUGGCUGCAGUGCCCCAGCUGGAGAACAUCUGCGUGGACGUGGCUAACGGCUACUCCGAGCACUUUGUCCGCUUUGUCAAAGACGUGCGGCAGAAGUUCUCUUCGCACACCAUCAUGGCAGGGAACGUGGUUACUGGGGAGAUGGUGGAGGAGCUGAUUCUCGCCGGUGCUGACAUCAUCAAAGUGGGCAUCGGACCAGGGUCAGUAUGUACAACGCGUAAGAAGACCGGGGUUGGGUACCCCCAGCUCAGUGCUGUGAUUGAGUGCGCUGACGCUGCCCACGGACUCGGAGGACACAUCAUAUCUGAUGGUGGAUGCACCUGUCCCGGGGACGUCUCCAAAGCUUUUGGUGCCGGUGCAGACUUCGUCAUGCUGGGUGGGAUGUUGGCGGGUCACACAGAGAGUGGUGGCGAGGUCAUCGAGAAGAAUGGGAAGAAGUACAAGCUGUUUUAUGGCAUGAGUUCAGACACUGCCAUGAAGAAGCAUGUUGGGGGAGUGGCCGAUUACAGGGCCUCAGAGGGGAAGACGGUAGAGGUGCCUUUUAAGGGCCCGGUGGAGGAAACCAUUCGGGACAUCCUGGGAGGGGUGCGCUCCACCUGCACGUACGUGGGUGCCGCCAAGUUGAAGGAGCUCAGCCGGAGGACCACCUUCAUCAGGGUCACCCAGCAGCUGAACACUGUGUUUGGCAAUGACAGCUAGGCCCAACUUGGAUGUUUUAGUAAAGCUGCGGCCUUCAUUUUACACACAUCCAUGCCAUGUUUCACCCUGGUCACACGCCCAUCCACACAAGCCUAAGAGAUCCUGCUUUAAUCUGUUUUUAGACACUGGUUUGUCUCUGAUACGGUUUUAUUUGAAUUCUUUCUCAUAUGCCGCUUGCGUGUCUAAGGUUUAUCAUCACACCAGGGCUACAUUUGUUUGCACAUCUAAAUCUAUAUUAUCUAUUAUCCUCAGUAAAUAUCCUCACUAAUCAUUUUAAUUAUUAGUCUGUGAAACAAUGUUUUAGUCAUUAUAGCCAUUGUUUCUUGUUUUAUUAUUGAUUGCUUUGUAUUUUCUUUAGUUGUUGCCUACAGAUUGAAAAAGGACCAAACGUGGAGGCAAAUUACUUUUUCUUUUACUUACCCGUACAAGUUGUUACUUAUUUUAAAGAGGGGUGAAAUAUUUAACAAACGGUUAUUUGCUUUAACUGAACACAUAGCUGGGCUAAAGCUUAAGGCUUCCCUGUCAAGUUGUCAAAGUCCAGCCACUAUCUCCGGCUUUCAGCCACACCUCCAGAAGUUACCGUUCCUGUUUCCAAGAGUAAGGAGAGUUGAAUUUUAAUGUUAACUAUUUAAUUAAAAAAAAUGUUUUAUCUCCCAGGAGGAAAGAGAGUUUAAUUUUAAUGUUACGUAUUUAAUUUAAAAAAUUGUUUUAUGGAAAAAUAUAAAAGCUGUGUCUACAUUCAUUUUAUACGGUUAAUCUUUACCAAUGUGCAAAUAUGAUGUUAAUAAAUAGGCUUGUCGACCCAGGGGAUCUUAGCAAGUCUGUAGUGAGUCCAAAGGCAUCUGCUCCACCUAGCACUUGCUUUUAGUUGCACAUUUUCAGCUUUGUCAUGUCACUAUUGUAAAAUGGAUUUUUGAAAAAAAUUCCUUUAAAAAUCCUUAACUUGCGUAGGUCAUGUUACUAGCUAAGUUUAUUGAUUUACUGUCAAAUCUUUUAUACAUAUUGAUUGUUAGCCAUAAAAAAUACCAAAUACACAGUGAAAUGCAUAACGACGUUAA